AAAGCCAGCGGGUGGCCCCGCCCAUUCGCGCCGCUCAUGAGCCCAAGCCAGCCAAGAUGGCGGCGAAUCCAAGCAAAAUCACCUCCCAGUUCGACUGCCCGUCAUGGGCAGGAAAACCACCCGCCGGGCUACAUUUGGACGUGGUUAAAGGAGACAAGCUGAUAGAGAAACUCAUCAUUGACGAGAAGAAGUUCUACCUGUUUGGGAGGAACCCGGACCACUGUGACUUCACGAUAGACCACCAGUCGUGCUCGCGUGUGCACGCGGCGCUCGUCUACCACCGGCACCUCAAGAGGGUCUUUCUCAUCGACCUCAACAGCACUCAUGGCACCUUUUUGGGCAGAAUCCGUCUGGAGCCCCAUAAACCUCAGCAGGUGCCCAUCGACUCCACCAUGUCGUUCGGGGCGUCCACGCGGGUGUACACGCUGAGGGAGAAGCCCCAGACGCAGCCCAGUGCUGCCACAGGAGACGGCGGGGUGGAGGAUGAAGAGCUGAAAGGGCUGCUGGGGCUCCCUGAAGAGGAGACUGAACUCGAUAACCUGACGGAGUUCAACACGGCCCACAACAAGCGUAUCUCCACCCUCGCCAUUGAGGAGGGCAACCUGGACAUCCAGAGACCCAAGAGGAAAAGGAGAAACUCUCGAGUGUCCUUCAGCGAAAAGGAGGAGAUCAUUAACCCAGAGGAUGUGGACCCGUCUGUAGGACGCUUCAGAAACAUGGUGCAAACCGCAGUCGUUCCUCUUAAGAAGAAGAAGCUGGAGAGCCAUAGCACCCUCAGCUUGGAGGACAGUGUGGUGCGGCGGAUGCAGAACUUCCCCCUCAGCGCAGGGCUUUACGGCGACCUGCCCCCCACCAGCCACGAGGCAGGAAACCAGGGGGCCGGAUCCCAAGGCUCUGCCAUGCUGGGUGGGCUACCGCUUCCCUUCCCCAACCCGGCCCCAGAGGUGGACCUCUCCCCGACUACGGUGCAGCCCCCCGCCAUCCUGAACCCCACCCCUGCCCCGGGACCCUACACGGCCGAACCGCUCAACGAGCCUCGCAAGAAAAAAUACGCCAAAGAGGCGUGGCCUGGCAAGAAGCCCACUCCCUCUUUGCUCAUCUAGUUUGUGCCAUUGGACGCCAUGGCAACAGACCUUCCCAGGACAUGUAUAUGACACGUAUGAUUUCAGUGUCCAUAGUGUUCAUAUGUAUAGAGCUUUUCAGCUGCUUGGUUUUAAAAACGUAUUGAGAAGAGACGGUGGUGUCUCCAGAGGGACCGUGGAGGCCAGAAGGGGAGGGUCUUUGCAAUUGCAGGAUUACCGAGACGGUGUUAAACAUGUAAACCUACGUUUACACAGCUGCCACGCUAACCUGGCAAGGCGGUCCUAGCAGGACUCACUGUGAGGUCGAGUUAACUUUAUUUAUUCACACAUCUGUUAAUGGAUGGAGUUCCUCUUGUUGGUGAUUUGAAAGGGGAAUUCUUCAAAUUUUUUCAGAAUUUCUGCAGUUUAGUCAUUGAGAUGUUAAAGCUGUUGCAGGUGGUUUCAUGUGAAAUGGUUGAUUGUAGAGAUUCUUCACAGUGGUGUUGAUGGGAACCAGGGGCUGGAUUCACGAGUGUUUUGAGAACGUGAUUCUUCGUAAAUGAUGCUUUCUUUUCAUGCCUAAGAAAAAAAUGACAAGAAAUUGUUCUUUGGGCGGCACGGUGGUGCAGUGGGUAGCAAAAAGGGCCUGGGUUCGAUUCCCCGGCCGGGUGU